UGAUGAUCCAUCUGGAGUCUGGAUCUGGAUUUUGUCGUCUUCACUUAAGUCUCUUAACUGACUACAAACUGAACAGUUAUCUCUGAAUUUAGCUGAAGUCAGCACUUUACAGAUUUGUUCUACAUGAGCUGUUUGAUGCAGAAAAGAUUAAAACAGGUGUUAUAAGUCAGACUGUGAGCCUGGGCUCAAAUUUAUCAAGCAUCUCAGAAUCACACUGAGAGUUAACAAGGACUAAAACUAAUGAAUGAAGCAGAAGAGAAUUGACUGUGACUUUCAGCAGGAGAAGGAUUACUGCUGGGAGAGAGUGAGACGUGGCUGUUUUACCAGUCAGAGCAGCAAAGUAGAAAUAAUGAUGACGUGUUGUAGUUUUCUCACAGUCUCAGCUGGAAACAUUAAACAGUUUUAAUUUGGUAUAUUAUGUGUGUAUUAAUUAAGUGUACAAGCAGGUUACUUACCAAGGUUAUGUAAUAAAACUGGUGCUAAAAUUCAUUAUAAGAUGAUAUUUACGAACAAAUCAAACUUAAUCACUUCUUAAAACUCAUUUUUAUCCACUGAUCUACCAAUUAUUUUUGUUUUAUAUGCUGUUCGUGUUAAAUUUGAAUCUUGUGUCUGUUUUUCUGGUUUAUUUUCUUGCUGUUUGCUUGUGUUUGUUUUGUAUAAAGCGUUCUGUAACGUUGGUUUUAAGAAGUUUUAUCCAUUUCUCUUAUUUGUUCUUGGUUAAAAAAAAAUAUUGUCAGGUUAAGCUGCCAAAUAUGACACAAAAAGACAGAAAAUGGAGGAGAAAAAAAAGUCUCAUCAUCAUCAUCAUCAUCAUCUGCCUCCACCUGCACCUCCUCUCUUCCUCACACACCUCCCCUUCCGUCUCUGGCUGUCAGAUGAGAAGAACCUCGGCUUCUCCUCGGUGCUCCUCCUGCUGCACGGCGGCUCUUCCUCCCUCAGCCAGGCCGCUGUAGGGCACCGCAGGGCGGGGAAGCAGCGUCUCAGGACGGGGUGGCGGUGGAGCAGAUCUCUGGAGCUCUGGAGCUCCGGCAGCGUCCUCCUCUCUCAUGCUGCGUGCAGAGGACCCGCAGACAGAUGCACGGAAAUAACCACCGGCUGUUUUCCUUGAUGCAUCAUUUCUGCACUGAGCGAAGCUGCAGAGAAAUAAACUCCAGGAGCAGAUUUAUUCCAGUUUGAGGCGCAGAAGAGGAGCCGGAUUUCUCACCAUGUUUCUGUUCUUGUGUCUGACAUGGACACAGCUGCUGAUCACAGAAUCGUCCUCUGGUGAUCUUGAGCUGCGUCUCUUCCCUUCACGUCGCUCCAGUCGCCUCCCUCAGCCGGACCUGACCUACCAGUACGAUGUGGAGAACCCAUCAGAGCCCCACAUCCUCCACCAUCACCACCACCACCAUCAUCCUGAUCAUCCUGAUCAUCCUCACCACCGUCCUCAUCAUCAGCACCCUGCCAAGGUAGCCAAAGUGAUGCCAGCUGCACUCUUAAAGUCUCGGUUUCGUCAGGAGGCCGGCGGCCAACGAACCCUCAACCUGCUGGCUCGGCCGGAGCACGAGGUGCAGCCGGAGCACAAGGUGCAGCCGGAGCACGAGGUGCAGCCGGAGCACGCCGUGGUGUCUGCACGCCAUCUGGUUACCGUGUACCUGGCUGUGGAUGUGAGGAGGCUGAACGUCAGUCUUCUUCGGUGGUUUCGGGAAGGUGUAGCCGCAGCGUUGGGCGUUUCUGUGGGACACGUGCACAUCAACCGACUAAAUGAGAAGAAGAAUGGCAUCGAGCUCUUCGUGUCCUCUGAUAGGCUGGGGAUCUCCGAGCCCCGCCCAGCUGAAGAAGUCAUCCAAUCACUGAACGUCAGGGUCCUUCAUCGCCACCUCGGGCACUUCGGCAUCACUGAAGUCUCUACUGAGAAGAACGUCCUGCAGGGAGAGCAGAGGGAUCACGUGUGGAGCCAGGAAGGGUUUUACGCCGUCGUCCUCUUCUUCACCGUCUUCGUCAUUGUCAUCACCUGCUUGAUGGUUUUGUACCGACUUAAAGACAAAGUUCAGGCUUCUGACAGACAGCUGAAAGCUCCGCCUCCUGACCUCCACCUGACCCCGACCAUCCCCCCAGACUCUGCCCAGAGGUCAAAGGGCACCAAGGUUCUGAUAGGAAGCAUGGUCCAAGCUGAGCUCCCUCCAGCUGUAGCCACGCCCAUCCUCCAGCAGCAGCCAAUCACAGCCUGCCGCCGCCUCGUGCCACCUGUCGUCCCUCUGCACAGCUCCGCCCCCGCCCCUGUCGUCAACGGCAACAACCAAAUCCUCCAGGCCAACGUUGCCCCGGCGACGGCCAGUAACGAGCUGAAGCCCUGCCCCUCGCCUUUCAGGAUGAAACCUACUGCAGGACUUCAAGAGAGACGAGGCUCUAAUGUCUCUCUGGUGUUGGACAUGUCCGCUCUGGGGUCCGUGGAGCCUCUCAGCGUUGCCGUGGUAACCCCGAGGGAAGCAGCGGCCAGGGAGUACCUGCUGUCUGCCGGACGGCCACUCACACGGCAGCAGCUCCGUGACCUCAUCAACAACACGCACAAGCUGCACGCUGAGUUUGCCGAAAUACCCAUGAAUUUCACUGAUCCCAAGGAGCUGGAUAUCCCGAACCAUGGACCCAAAAACAGAUACAAAACCAUACUGCCCAAUCCUCAUUCCAGAGUGAUCCUGAAGUCGAAGAGCUGCAACGACCUGCUGAGCUCCUACAUCAACGCCAACUACAUACGGGGUUACCUAGGCGAUGAGAAGGCAUACAUCGCCACGCAGGGUCCCAUGGUAAACACGGUGAAUGACUUCUGGCAGAUGGCCUGGCAGGAAGAGGCGCCCGUCAUCGUCAUGAUCACCAAACUGAAGGAGAAGAACGAGAAGUGUGUUCUGUAUUGGCCGGAGAAGAGGGGGAUCUAUGGGAAGGUUGAGGUUCUAGUCAACAGCAUCAGAGAGUGUGAACACUACACCACUCGCAGCCUCACACUAAAGUGUGGGAAUCAGACUCGUACUCUGCAGCAUUACUGGUACACAUCAUGGCCGGACCAUAAAACACCCGACUCAGCACUGCCUCUGCUGCAGCUGAUGACCGACGUUGAGACGGACAGACGGACGGCUGCCACCGUUGGACCGGUUAUAGUUCACUGCAGCGCUGGGAUUGGCCGAACGGGCUGCUUCAUCGCUACCACGAUAGGCUGUCGGCAGCUGCAGUUGGAAGGAGCGGUGGACGUACUGGGCAUCAUCUGCCAGCUCCGAGCCGACAGAGGUGGAAUGAUCCAGACAGGUGAGCAGUAUGAGUUCGUCCAUCAUGCCUUGUGCCUAUACGAGGCCCGCCUCUCUGCAGAAACCGGCCAAUGAGCUCGUGCCGCCACAGGAGGCGGUAGCUUAAAGCUGGAUUGUGAGUCCUUUAGCAGGUAUGAUCUCUGAGCUUUGGGGAUUUCUGGAGGAAGUCUUUGAACUUGAUGGACAACCAAUGAGGACUGUUGUGGGCAAAGCCUGCUGAAGAAAAGAGGUAAUUUUCCGAAAGUGGAAUGUAUCAGUUCUUCUUGUCUGCAGUUUCUACUUCACGUGGUUCUUCAGAGGAACUCGAGACCCACCCACUUCACUCUCUCUUAGCCAAUUGACUGUCGGAUUGUGUCGUUUUUAACCAACCAGACUGUCCUAUUACCUCUUUCCUGUCAUGGAGCUGUAGAAAUAGUUUGAAGUGACUGACUGAAAUUGAUGGUACAGUACAUUGUUAAUUAACACUAUGGUGUUUCUGUGUCUUAUAGGAUUUUAAAAUUAUUUUGUAAUGCGAUGUUCUUAUAAGAAAGGAAAAUGACUGUUAGCUGGUUGCACCUUUAGUUUUGGUUAGUAGCUUUUUGCUGCCACUAUCGAACCAACCCUUCCAGCCCUGUUUAUGACCUCAGCACACUGUCUGUAACUCAGUGAUUUGGUAAUAUUGUGCUAAUUACACAAACCUACCUGUUAUCUAGCAGCAGUUUGUAUCUUCAAAGGCAUUUUCAUGAUUUCAUCUACAUUACUGUGCAAAGGUUUUAUGCACUUAAAGUGAGGGUGCUCUCAAAACUAAAAUGAUGUUGAUAAAAAGUCGAGUAAACAGAAGAAACUAAAUUAAAUCAAUAUUUUGUGUGAGCACACUUGAUGUUUGGGCUCGUUGUCAUGUUGCAGAAUAUAUUUGGAAUUGAUCAGACACCUCAUUGAUGGUGUAACAUUAUGGAUAAGGAUUUUAAACAUCUGAAGUGCCUAAAACCUUUGCACAAUACUGUAUGUCUCAUUCAUUAGAAAGUCCUUUUAAACUUUCAGAGAUACAAAAAUGUUGAUCUUGAAAAGCUAGCUAACUAGCCUGAAGACCCAUUAAACAUUAUUAUUAUUUUUUUUUCAAAAUCAACAUAACAUUUUUAUUCAGGACCAUUGACACUAACAGCAGCUGUUUGCUACAGUUUACAAUGAAUCCGACAGUUAAAGUGGUAUAAUGAAAACAUCAACACAAAAACUGAUUAUGAAAAAUAUCAUCCACAGGAGCCGUCUGUCCCUCCAUGCGUCUUCAGACAGUCUUUUAAAUGAGACUGUGAUUAAAUGAUUUACUUUAUAGGUACUUUACCCUUAAAGCUGCAGUUGGUAAGUCUUAUAAAAGUAACUAAAGGUCAUAUUUGCUAAGACUGUCACUAUGUAAAGACAGCAUUACAUGAAACUAGUAAUCUGUUAAACAAACCAGGCUCAUUUAGCCCCACCUACUGCUCCUACUGCAAAUUGCCAGAAUCCACCGUGACCGGACAAAAAGAACCAAUCAGAGACAGGAUGGUGUCUGAUGGAGUGUCUGACAGCUGUCAAUCACUGCUCACGCACACAGCCCCCUCCCCCUUCCUCCUCAGCUCGGUCAAACCAGGCGUGGAGUUCCGGUCCUCUGAAAUGAGGCCAACGCGGAAGUAACUUAAAACUGCAUUCUAUCAAAAGGCCACCAGGG